AUGUUUGUAUUUGCUCUACUUUUGGCUCUUGCUUCAGCCGCAUCAUAUGGUGUAGAUGUAUCUCAACCAACAUCUGCUAGCUCUAUUUCUUGCCUUAGAAAUAAUGGGUUCACUGGAUUCUUUAUUUGCCGUGCUUGGUGUUCACCAGGAUAUUUUGAUGACAAUGCUCCAUACACUCUUGGACAAGCUCAAUCUGUUGGAUUUGUUGGAGACAAUUCAGAAGUCUAUUUCUAUCCAUGCCUCUCAUGUGGUAAUGCUGCUGGUCAAGUCCAAUCAUUCUGGUCAAGUGUUAUUGCUAACCGAAUGAAUUUUAAGAGAGUUUGGUUCGAUAUUGAAGGUCAAUGGUAUUCAGAUGUUGGAUCAAAUAGAGCCUUCUUCCAAGAACUUAUUGAUACUGCCCUUGGAAUGGGUAUUGUCUCAGGUGUUUAUUCAUCCCAAUAUUAUUGGGGAUGUAUUUUUGGAUCUGGUUAUAGUUAUGGUCCAGCUGCUUCUCUCCCAUUAUGGUAUGCUCACUAUGAUAAUUGGGCUUCAUUUGGUGAUUUCUCUUCAUUUGGUGGAUGGUCAUGGCCAACUAUGAAACAAUAUAGAGGAGAUGUUUCUAUUUGUUCUGCUGGUGUUGAUUAUAACUACAGAGAAUAA